AUGGUGGAGCCUGAUGAUAGUAAGUGGUCAUCAUUUGAAUCCAAGCUCCGCAACAUAGAGAAUGAGCUUAACCAACACCAUGCUGUUGUUGGAGAAAUCAAGAGUGCUAUGAACCAAAUUGUAGAGCAAUCUGAAGAAUAUCAUCCUCCACAAAAAAGACCUAAAUCCACUUUCAAAGAUCCAAAGAUUAGAGAAUUUAAAGUUGUUGGUGAUGAACCUCCAAGAAUGCAUAAGAAAAUCAAUAUGUCUUAUUGCCCUAUAUGGCAGAAAUCUUCUAAAACAGAUGUGCAGAUGCUUUCAAUGUAUGAUAGAAUCAUGUUUGAAGAUACAGAUGGUGGUGUUUGGAAACAAGGCUGGAAUGUGGAGUACAAAGAUGAUCAAUGGAGUAGCAAAAAUAAAUUAAAAGUUUUUAUAGUGCCUCACUCACAUAAUGAUCCCGGUUGGAUUAAGACAUUUGAAAACUAUUACAAGACUCAAACAAAGGCUAUAUUUACAAAUAUGGUGGAAAAGCUGAAAGAAGGUGUAGGUAGAAAAUUUAUUUGGGCAGAAAUUAGUUACCUUUCACUCUGGUGGUCUUCAGAUGCUACUGACAAGGAAAAGGCAGCUUUUCAGAGUUUAUUAAAAUCUGGACAAAUUGAAAUAGUGACAGGAGGUUGGGUGAUGAAUGACGAAGCUAAUUCACACUGGCUUUCUAUUAUACAGCAAUUGACAACGGGUCACCAAUGGCUUAUAGAUAAUUUAGGUUAUAUACCAAAAAACGGUUGGUCCAUUGAUCCCUUUGGCUAUUCCAGCACUCAGCCAUAUUUACUAAAGUUGUCAGGCUUUGAAAAUUCAGUUAUUCAACGAGUACAUUAUAGAGUGAAGAAAGAACUUGCUAUGAACAGACAGCUGGAAUUUAAAUGGAGACAGUUAUGGGAUGGCGUUGGAAAUACCGACAUGUUCACACAUCUAAUGCCUUUCUAUUCUUACGACGUGCCUCACACUUGCGGGCCGGACCCCAAGGUCUGCUGCCAGUUUGAUUUUAAAAGAUUACCCGGCAAUGGAGUAUCGUGCCCGUGGGGUAUUCCACCUAGAAAAAUUUUCCCGAAGAAUGUUGAUGAAAGAUCGUUCAUGAUCCUGGACCAGUGGCGGAAGAAGGCGCAGCUGUACCGCAGCAACGUGGUGCUCGUGCCUCUGGGCGACGACUUCCGCUACGAUCGCUCCAACGAGUGGGACAACCAGUACCAGAACUACGAGAAGAUCAUCGAUUACAUUAAUGGCAAUGAUGCUUGGAAUGCUGAGGUCCAGUUCGGGACUCUCCAGGAUUACUUUAAAGCGUUACACGAAGAAAUCGAGAUGUCCAAUUUCCCGGUACUAACGGGCGACUUCUUCACAUAUGCGGACCGCAACCAGCACUAUUGGAGUGGGUACUACACAUCGCGACCCUUCUAUAAGAGAAUGGAUAGAGUUCUUUUAGCGUAUGUUAGGGCGGCAGAAAUAAUAACGGGUCAAGCGUCGUCCUCGCAGUCGGUGAGCUACAUCACGUCGCUGCAGCUGCGCGACCGCGUGGAGCAGGCGCGCCGCGCGCUCGCGCUCUUCCAGCACCACGACGGCAUCACCGGCACCGCAAGGGACGAUGUGCACGACGACUAUGGGAGACGAAUGUUAGAAGCAAUCAAAUACUGUCAGUCAGCGAUCCAACAAGCCGCGUACUACUUGCUCAAGCAGCCCGCCAUACAGGACCAGACGCAGGAGGACGUGUACUUCGACGUGGACGACAUCUGGCGCAAACACGACGAGAUACCGACCAGGAUUACCAUCGCCUUGGACGUGAUGUCGCCCUCGAGGCGGAUACUGCUUUAUAACGCACUGGCUUUUAAGAGAUACGAGAUUUUUACUGUGUUCGUCUCUACGCCUCAUGUUGAGGUGUUCGACCCGGACGGCAACCCCAUGAUGGCGCAGAUCUCGCCGGUGGUGGCGGGCGAGAAACGCCUGGGCUUCGCCGCGAACAAGUUCCAGCUGUCCUUCCCGGUGGCGGUGGACGCGCUCGCGCUCACCGUCUACACCGUGUCCUUGAGAGACAACAUGGCCAUUAACAAAUACACAUCAUACGCACGCGUGCGGCUGUACAACGCGGAGUACUGGUCGGUGGAGCUGCCGAAGGUGUUCGCGCAGCAGGCGGCGGCGCGGCUGGCGGACGACGUGGCGCUGCGGCCCGGCAACGGCACGCGCGCGCUCGUCUCGCACACGGGCCUGCUCAAGGCGCUGGUGGCGCCCGAUGGGACCACUACGCCUAUACAUAUGGACUUUGUACAAUAUGAUACACAAAAAGGGCAAGACAACAACAGCGGUGCCUACCUGUUCAUCCCGGACGGGCCCGCCACGCCCUUCAAGCCGGAGCCCUUCCCGGAAAUUGUCAUCACUGAAGGACCAUUCAAAGCCACACUGUAUUCAGGCUUAAUAGGGCCAAAAGCUGCGGAAAUGGUGUUAGCUAUAACCUUGUACAAUAAUCCGUCGCUGCCUCACACUGAGGUGGAAAUCAGCAACACGCUACUCAUAGACCCUCAAGUGGACGACCUGGAACUGGCCAUGAGGUUCUCCACCGGUAUUAAGAAUGGGGACGUGUUUUAUACAGAUCUUAAUGGCAUGCAGAUGAUAAAGCGACGAUACUUCGAGAAGCUUCCACUGCAAGCUAACUUCUACCCGCUCCCCGCCGCCGCGUACAUACAGGACGACAACACCAGACUCACCCUGCUAACCUCCACCCCCCUCGGAAUGGCCGCCUUGCAGCCGGGACAGAUUGAGGUGAUGCAAGACCGUAGACUGAGCAAGGACGACAACCGCGGUCUCAACCAAGGCGUCCUGCAGAACCAGCGCACGCGACACGUCUUCAAACUCAUAGUGGAACACGCCAACCACCCCUGCGCGGCGAAGUCCUCUGAGGGCAGUGGGCAGCUGUCGCUGGGCGCGCACGUGUCGCAGCAGCUGCUGCUGCAGCCGGCGCUGGCGCUGCACUACGCGGCCGACGAGAGCGCGCCGCGCCCCGCCUACUCGCGCGCCGUGCUCAGCGCGCCCGACCUCGUGCUCGCGCAGUACCACGCGCACGUGUCCGCCAAGAGCAAAGACGGCACGGUGGUGCACGGCAUGGGCGUGACGUUACAGCGCGCGCACCUCGACGCCUGCUACGGCAGCGCCGCGCUGCGCGCCUGGUACCCGCCCAGCGACGGACAGAUCACAUUGUCAGACUUAAUAGACGUGAAGCAAGAGCAAAUAUUCGACAGCACGCUGACAUUCGCGCGCGUGCGGGCGCCGGCGCGCGCCGCGCUCGCGCUCUGCCCCAUGGAGGUGCGCUCAUUCUUCAUCAACCAGACCCUCAAACAUGGC